AUGGAUACAUUGAGAUCAUUACUGUCUAAGAGUAUGAAGAUCGAAGGAAACCCAUUUGGUUCCCCUCACCAACGCAAUCAAAUAUUCCUCAAAUUCGUCGCUUUCUUCCUUCUCAUCGGUCUCACUUACCGUUUUAUCGUCACCUAUUCCCCCGUCUCUCCGGUCCCCCACGUUCGAUCCUCGCCUGAAUCUCUCCCGGCGGAUCCUUCCGGUCUCACUGCCGUUGCUCAAGCUCCAUCCUCCCUUGAUUCCCCAGGAAACAUCACCAUUAUUGCUUCACAAAAUGCUUCCACAAAGUGUGAUAUCUUUAGCGGGAAUUGGGUACCAGACCCGUCAGGUCCAGUCUACACCAAUGUCUCUUGCCGUCACAUCCAAGAUCACCAGAAUUGCCUGAAGAACGGACGCCCAGAUGCGAAUUACCUUCUCUGGAGAUGGAAACCUCGCGAUUGCGAUCUCCCCAGGUUUAACCCUCACCAAUUCCUCGACAGAAUGAGGAACAAAUGGUGGGCUUUCAUCGGCGAUUCCAUCUCUCGUAACCAUGUCCAAUCCCUCAUCUGCAUUCUCUCUCUGGUAGAGGAGGUAGAGGAAAUCUACCACGACAAGGAAUACAGAUCAAAGAUAUGGAGAUUCCCUUCUCACAACUUCACUCUCUCCGUCAUUUGGUCUCCUUUCCUUUUAAAAUCCGAGACUUUCGAGAACAUCGAAGGCGUUUCCUUCUCCGACAUUCAGCUCCAUCUCGACGAGCUCGACCAGAAUUGGACAGACCAAUACAUCAAUUUCGACUACGUUGUCAUCUCCGGUGGUAAAUGGUUCCUCAAAACAUCAAUCUUCCACGAGAACAACACCGUCACAGGAUGUCAUUACUGCCAGGGAAAGAACAAUCUCACCGAGCUCGGCUACCAAUACUCGUACCGAAAAGCUCUCCGUUUGGUUCUAGACUUUGUCGCCGAGCCAAACCAUAAAGCUCAGGUUCUGUUGAGGACAACAACACCUGACCAUUUCGAGAACGGAGAGUGGAACAGUGGUGGUUUCUGUAACAGAACGAUGCCGUUUAAGGAAAGCGAAGGAGAGUUGAAGAGCGAAGACGAAUCGAUGCGUGAUAUCGAGAUCGAGGAGUUCCGUAAAAUCCGAGAAGGUUCCAGUUCCAACAUUGGAUUGCUUGACACAACUUCAAUGUCGCUUCUCCGACCAGAUGGGCAUCCCGGGCCGUACAGGUAUCCAAAUCCUUUCGCUGGGAUGAAGAACAAGGACCGGAAUCGGCAUCCGAUCCAGAUUCAGAACGAUUGUCUUCACUGGUGCUUGCCCGGUCCGAUUGAUUCAUGGAACGAUCUAAUGGUGGAGGUGAUGCUCAACCGGAAUAUGUACAAAUGA